AGGAGUGCCUGCUCCCCCCGCCGCCGCCGCCUGCCUCGGCGCCCGGCGACGACAUGCCUCCCUUCGCGUGGCCCAGGACGGUGCAGGAGAUCGAGUCGAUGGUCGAGAAGGUGGUCACGGACGCCAAGGCGAACUUGGACGCCGUAGCCGCCCUCCCCGAGAGCGAACUCACGUUCGAAAAGGUGAUCAGGCCGCUGAUGGAGGCCCCCAACUUCAAGACGAACCCGCUCGUAUGCCAGGCCAAGCACCUGCAGCAUUGCUCCACUGACGCGUCGUUGCGCGAGGCGGCGAGCAAGGCCGCGACAGCGUUCGCAGCCUGCAAGAAGGACCCGAGGAGGCCAGGUGUGCACCUGUUCUGCGUCGGAAGGCGCCUGCCGGCAGAGGUGGCACGGCUCCGGCGCCUCGGCAGGAGGGGAAGACGCGCGCCGACGUUUACGCGCAGGUGAAGGCGUUUGCGGCCACCCCCGAGGCAAAGGCGUUGCCGCCGUACGAGGCGCACUUCGUGAGCGCGAUCCGAUGGGCCGAUUGCCCACCACCACUGCCAUAGGUAGGAGGAGGAGG